AGAGGCAAGGCAGAUUGCGGGGACAUUGACAUUUUGAUUACUCGGCCGACUUACGACCGCCGGGACCAUCGAGGCAUUUUGCGCCGCCUGCUCCGUGCGUUGCGCGAGGCGAAAAUUAUCACGGAGGAUUUGGCGGUGCCGAACUACGACGAGCUGGACGGGCUCGAGGGGUGUUACCGCGGGCUGUGUCGGUUGCCGAACGUCGAGGGCGCAAAGCGACGCAGGAUCGACUUUUUGACGGUGCCCUGGGAGUGCCGUGGAGCCGCGUUGCUGUACUAUACGGGCGAUGAUAUCUUUAACCGCUCGAUGAGGCUGAAGGCGAACAAGAUGGGAUGGUCGCUGAACCAGCGGGGCCUGUUCGCCAACGUGGUGCGCGAUCCAAGGGAUCGGAGGGUCAAGAUGACCCAAGGGAAACGGAUAGCAGGGGCGACGGAGCGCGAGAUCUUCGAGAAGCUGGGGGUACCCUGGCAGGAGCCGCACGAGCGGGUACGGAACUGA